AUGCGGUCGGAACGUCGGACGGAGGAGGCGGUGGCGGCGGUGCUGUGGAGCCGCGACCCCGGCCUGGAGGCGGCGGCGGCGGCGGCGGCGGCGGUGGCGGAGCCGGGGGCGGCCGACUGCGAGGGGCGGCGCUCGCUGCGCUGCCGGAGGCGGGCCGCCCCCGCGCCCCCGCCAGACCUCGACCUGGAGCAGCUCACAGACUCUUCCUCGUCGUCCUCGUCGGCGUCUCGUCGGCGGCGGCCGGCGCUCAACGCCCGCGAGAGGAACCUGCGCCGCCUCGAGAGCAACGAGCGGGAGCGCAUGCGCAUGCACUCGCUCAACGACGCCUUCCAGUCGCUCCGCGAGGUGAUUCCGCACGUGAAGAAGGAGCGUCGCCUGUCCAAGAUAGAGACGCUGACGCUGGCCAAGAACUACGUGAUGGCGCUCACCAACAUCAUCUGCGAGAUGCGCGGCGAGGUCUCGCCUUACGCGACGGCGCUGCUGCCACCCUCGACGCCCGGCGUCGCCGCCAUCGUGGCCGCCCCCGCCGCCUCCGCCCCAGCCGCCGGUGACGUGGCGCCCGCCCCCGCACAGGGCGUGGCCGCCCCCGGCUACGCGACGGCCCCCGCCGCUGCCGACGCUGCCCUCAGUCCGUCGACGGCGUCCGCUCUGCCAGUGGAAGCCUUCGGCGUCGGUGAAGAGGCUGUCGGCGUCACCGCCGCCCCCGACGCCACCAUGUGCGACGAAGACGCCGUGGCGCUCAACAGCUUCGAUGACACCGACGGCAGCUUCUACGACGACCUGAGUCGAUUCGUCGACUGA